GUAUUGCGGGUCAAGUAAAUGAGAGACCUUGCUUGUUAUUCCUGCAGGCAAAUCAGUGAAGUGACCAUUUCGUGACAAUCUAAAACGUCUUAUAGAAAGGCCUAGGGGCCUUGGGGCCUAGUGUAAAGCCGUGUUCGAUAACCCGUACAGUCCGCAAUCCAUGAUCAGCUCGUAUUAUGGAAACUUUUUAAGUUAAUUGAUACUGCUGAGUAGAUAUAAUAUUGCUGUGAAUAAUUGUUUUACAACCUCGAUUUUAAGGCCUUUUGCUUCAAGUCCACCAUAAUUGUAUAUAGAGUCAAAAUGUCUGCUGAAGAAAAUCCAUUGCAUAGUUCCUUUCGAAUUGACAGAGUAAAAGUCGUUUCUACCUGGACAUUAAAGAAUUUUAGUAAGGUUAUAAAAAAUUGUAAGAAAAGAAUACGUUCUCCAGUGUUCCGUGAUUCAAUUGAUAAAACAAAAAAAUUUUGUUUGAGUUUUUACCCCGUAGGGUAUUUUUAUCAAAAAUUUAGCUGUUUGACAGUACAUUUCUGUAGUGAAAAUAAGGAUACAGUGGUGAAUAUAAUUGAUUUGAAAAUAUCAGUUGUUAAUGAUGGAUCAACUUUUGUUCUUUUGAAUUCAGAGAUAAUGAAAUCAAUAAAAAAAAUAAGCCCUAUAGAGACUCCCUGGAAUAAUUGGGAGUUCACAUUUUAUGAGUUAAAAGAUGAAGUCAAGCUAAUAUCUUCUGAAGACACACUGACAAUUCAUUGUGAAUUGACAACUGCCAGUGAUCGAAAUGUCUUGUUUGGAUCAAAAUUUGAUCAAUUUUCGAAUGAAAAAUUUAGUGAUGUGAAUUUACGGACUGGAUGUGGAAAAGUAUUACAAGCUCACAAACUUGUGCUUGCUUCAGUUAGUCCAGUUUUUGAAGCAAUGUUUACUCACAAGACGUUGGAAAGUGAAAAUAAUUUUGUGGACAUAAAAGACAUAAGUCAUGAAACUCUUGUAGAAAUGCUACGUUGUAUUUAUUCAGGUACUAUUGAAGUUGAUGACACUGUACUAAUUUGUGAACUUUUGGAAGCAGCUGAUAAAUAUCAAAUUGAAAAUUUAAAAAAUGCAUGUGAAAAUGUCUUGAGUACUCGUUUCACAAAUGAAAAUGUUCUAGAUAUAAUCACUUUGGCUGACAAGCACAGUGCCCAAUUUUUGAAGAAUCAAGCAGCCAAUUUCGUUAAAUGUAACAUGAAAACAUUAAUUGAUUCAGAAGAAAUGAAAAACUUUGCACAGCCCCUAAUCCUUGAUGUAAUACGAUUGAUGAUUAAAUAGCUCAAAUAAUAAACUAAUAUUCAAUCAGUGCAAUAAAAAUAAUUUCCUUUUGA